AACAGUGACGUAAUCAUGCGCACUACACCUGCGCAGUAGAGUAGCAGAGGACGACUUGGAGAAGACAGAAAGUCGAAAAUAUCGUCCAAAAUUCACCAAAAGUACAAAGGUUUUGUGGGCAUGUUAACACUUCUGUCAGAGUGGUAUCAAGCAGAAGAGAUAAUCCCUCACCAGUGAACCAACAAGCCUGUAAGCAGACACCGUAAACAUGCUGCCAAGGUCAAAGUCACGUGAGACAUACCGUGUGCUGAGUGGGCACUGCCCUGACCAAAACUGUCGUGCUAAACUGUUCUUCCCAGCAUGGGACUCCAGUAUUGAGUGCACAGACUGUGGGCAGAGGCACCAACAGAGUGCCAUCCAAAAUGUGGAGGAAGUCACUAACCCAGAUGUCGCUCUCCACAACAUGCUUCGCAAUGUCCUUCUGAGCAACACCAAACCAAAGAAAGGAGCAGACACAGUACGUGUUCUCGGGCUGUCCAACUACCAGUGCAAGCUGUUGUCUCCCCUCCUCACCCACUACGGGAUGGAUAAACAGUCAGGAAAAGCAAAACGUCUCAGGGACAUGAACCAGCCGGACACAUUUGACUGUGUGCUACUAGGAGAUAGGGCCUUCCAGAUUGCACCAGAACACGUGGAAAUAGUUGGCUACGGCCGGGAUCGCUCUGGGAGCAUGCAGUACCUUCACGACACCUUGGAUGCCAUGAAGAAAGUGAACGAUAAGGAGGAACGUCUCAUACCCAUUCAUGCCGACGGGGACGGCCACUGCCUGGUGCACGCCAUCUCUCGGGCACUUGUUGGUCGUGAGUUGUUCUGGCACGCCCUGAGAGAGAACCUCAAAGCUCACUUCAUCAAAAACCUGGACCAGUACAAGGCUCUGUUCCACGACUUUAUUGACAGUAGUGAAUGGGAUGACAUCAUAGAGGAAUGUGAUCCUGACUUCACACCCAGAGAUGGGGAGCCCCUUGGCCUGAGGAACAUCCAUGUGUUUGGGCUAGCCAAUGUCCUCCAUCGGCCCAUCAUACUGCUAGACUCCCUGGAAGGGCUUCAGAGUUCAGCAGACUACUCGGGCACGUUUGUGCCGGGACUGAUCCCUCCUGAAAAGUGUAAAGGAAAGGACGGUACGCUCAACAAACCACUCUGUCUGGCAUGGAGUAGUUCUGGGAGAAACCAUUAUAUCUCUCUUGUGGGCAUCCGAGGUCGGCCACUCUGCAAGCUCCCAAUGUGGUUGAUCCCCAAGUUGUGGGGUGUCCCGCAGGACUUGCUAACAAAGUACGUUGAGUUUGACAGUGAACAGCGUUGUGCAAUCGGAGGAAGUCGCAGUCUCCCUGAAACGUACAUCCAGCGCCUGGCCCGAGCCAUGGAGGACGUCUUCAUGGAGAAGUACCAGGUCCACCCUUCCGUCGUGUCGGACAUGCAUCACUACGUGUUCAAGAGGACAGGAGUUGUAGGUGUGCAGCCUGAGGUGGUGACCGAAGCCACACAGAGUGCCAUCCGCAAUGAGCGGCUCUACCGCUGUCUGACCUGCGAUGCUGUCAUGGAAUACAGUGUAGGAUCAGACCUCCUCAAACGGGGCGGUGCCCUCUAUCAACUUGCAGUCAGGACACACGGGAAGCUCCAAGUUGGCAAGAACUACCACUUUCCCCUGCAAAGUCUGAUCUGUAAGUACGAUCCCGUUAAGGACAUCCUCGUCCCAGACAUGAAGAUGAGCCGCUUGACCACCUGCAGCUGGUGUCAGGGAACGUCAGUUCGCCUGGUCUGCCCAGAUGGCUCCGUGGUGUAUCUGAAUGGGGACAGAACACACACCUCUGCUGAAAACAGCCAGUGUGGCUGCGGGUUCAAGCACUACUGGGAUGGGAAGGAGUACGACAAUCUGCCUGAGUUGAUUCCUGUAACUCUGGAGUGGGGAGGGAAGACAAUCCAGGAGAAGGUUUACUGGUUUCAGUACGAAACAGACACCUCCUUGAACAGUAACGUGUAUGAAGUUGCAACAGCUUUAGUACACAAGCACUUUCCCGGAGAAUUUGGCAGUGAGAGACUUGUGAAGUGUGUUGUAGACGUGAUUCUACAGCAAACGGCCAAGAAGGAGGUGUACAAACCAGUCUCCCUGGAGGGUAUGCCUGGCCAUGAAAGAGAAGGGGAGCCCAGGCAACAAGAGGCUUUAGACCCAUCUUCACCAUCCAAAAUCAUUCUCACCGGACAUAAACACAAAACCAUACACAAAGAAGAGUUAACAAUGAGUGAAGCAGAGAGGAUGGUACAAAGAAAGAUCACUGACAAAGCUGCCCAUGAACAGAAGAAAAAGUCUGAUGAAAUGGCAAAAAGGAGAGCAGAAAAGGAGCUAAAGCAACUCAAACAACAGCAAGCUGCUGCUCACCAGCCACCGAAACCAGUAGCCAAAGUAGGUCCCAUGGUAACUGUCCCUCCUCCCAGGCCCUCCACUCCCCCAACAGAGAAGAAAGUUCGGGUGACCACAUCAGAAGGCAAGCAAGUCAUGUUAACCCUGGCAAUAGCAACAACCUUCCAGGAGUUGCAAGCAAGAAUAGCUUCUGAGCUAGGAGUUCCUGGGGACAGGCAACGGAUCAGAUACGGGUUUCCUCCCCGACCGCUGGCACCUCCUAAACCAGGCAUGGAAGGGGAGCCUGUACCACUGCAGCAUGGGGACAAGGUUACUGUAGACAUCCUACCUCCUCCCACGGGUGAAGGUGAGGGACAGGAGGAAGGGGCAGGAGCAGCAGCCAAGGGCAUCCCCAUGGCAACGGCAGGCUCCCCUCGACGUGUGCAGGGUAUGGAGGCUAGUGGUGCCUCCGCCAGCCAAGACCCAGAAAGUGCCCUGAGAGACCAGCUGAUGAAUGUGUUAGACCAACAGCUGGAGAGUAAUGCCAGCUCUAUAGACCUGCAGAUUUCUUCCCUGACUGCCUUAGCCAUGCUUUCUGGGAAGGACCUGUGGAACUUUGUGCAGACAAUGCCACAAUUGUUCUCUCGGGAAGGUGUCUUCACAAAGAAAGUUGAACAAGACCUAGGCCUGUCAGAUGGGAAACACUGCACCCUGCCAAGCUUUCCAGGGAAAACAUUCAUGUUCAAUGGCCAGGCUGGAAGGUUAGAGCUGUGCCUUGAGCCACAGGGGCAUUUUCCCAUUGGCCCUGGAAUCGAUGAUGUCAUUGCUCAGAACAAACAGACACGAGAAGCGUAUGACCCAAAAGCCUUCCGCCAAGUCAAGGAAGCCCUACAUGUUGGUGGCAGCGGAGUGAUUGUCAGUAAGUCUGAGGCCUUGAAAGUGAGAGCUUUUGCGGGUAAGGGACAAACCUUAGGUGGUACCUCCCAACCACAACCUUCCACUAGUACUGCAACAGAUGUACCAGCAAGUGCCACAGACAUUAUUCCUGAUGUAGUCCAAAGUCUAGGAAGUACAGAAGGAGCUGUACUACCACCACCACCUGUAGAUGCAAAAGCUCCAGUUGCAAUGGAAGAAGAUGACUACUACCUGGUGGAGUCAGGUGAAGAGGAUGAGGGAGAGGAAGAAACAUCUGACAAAGGGGAAGACUCCUUAUCAACAAUGAAGAAAGCUCCAGGUGUCACUGUCAUAGGCAGUGGAGCAACUGCAGCUGCCAUGACAACAGAACAAGAGGCGCUCAUGGCCAAAUUUGCAUCCACAGCGAGUGCUGCAUUGCAGGCAGAACAAGAGGUCAAAGAACAGGAAAAAGAGAUUAAGGACUCGGAUGGUUUCAGGAAAGUUGAGAUUGUAAUUGAAGAGUCAAAAGAGCUUGCAGUUGCCAUGGAGACAGAUAGGCAAGAGGCCACAGGGGAUGAUGGGAAGUUAAAUCAGCUAGAGGAGCAUUCUGAGAAUGUUCCUGAUGAAGUACCCCAAGUGUCCGAGACAUCUGACGAACACAAACCAAAGACAACAGAAGCCACUGAAUUUGCCAGCAUGGAUAGAAGUAGUACUGAAGAAAAGAUGGGUGAAGUGGAGCAAGUUCAGGAACAAAAAGUAGUGUUGGAAGUGCAGGAUACCUUGCGAGGUACCGAAGUGAACAAUACCAGAGAAAAAGUUGCAGUAGUAGAGGCUGCAAGGACAGAGUCCGAAACAGAAAUGAUGGACACCACUGCUGCUGAAAAUACUGAACGGGGAGCGGGUGAUGAACUCACCAGCUCUCCAGAAAAUGUUGCACUUGACAUGCCUACAGAAGAUGUACACAAAAGUGAGGCAGAGAGUGAAGUCACAGAGGCUAGAGACACAGAGAAUCAAAAAGAACCUGAGAAAAAGGACAGUCCCAUGGAAGUUGAGCCAGCUAAACAAGCAGUUCUAAGUGGUGAUGGAAGAGAAGAGAAAGAAGAUGCUGGGGAGGCCAUGGAUUCCAGCUGAUAGCAGACAAGCCUCAAGAGCCAAGAUGAAGGGAAGGCAUGCGAAAAUCCCUGGAUACGCUGCUAGUAGGACAAAUGUAGAGGUCGUGCUAACUUUUUAUGUGCAUCUUUGUAUCCAAAACAUAUGCUAGUCUAUCAAAAUGGUACGCAUGUGAAAAAUCAUGAAGCGAAGGUGAGCUAUGGAUGCCAUUUUUGUCACUGAUAAAUAUGCCAGCUUUGGAGAUUACUCAGCUAACUCUGGCUUAAACCCCAGCCUUCCUAUUCUGGGUACCCCCAGGGGAACUUGCAACAUCAAGGUCUUCCUCAUGAUUCUACUGGUACUGUUGUGAGUUGAGGGUUUAAAAACUAUCUUCUUACCAAGGUCUGCUUUCUGUAAGAUAAGUCAGGGAUGUCAUCCUGAAGAGGGAAAACAACAUCGACACCAACAUCAGUCUUUAGUUGCCAUAUCAUUUUGCCAAAGUGAGGGCUGUGUCUGUAAUUGUAGGCCAUAGCCUUGAAACUAAAUAUAGGAGAGGUCCUUAUGCAACAUUGGAAGGUUGUCAACCUUAAUUUUCAGGGACUGUGUUUCCUCAAAUUCACCAUAACUGAACUGCAUUGGAAAUUGUCCAAGAUUGGACUGGAUUUUGUCCAACUUUCUGAAUUAGUUUUGAUUACCUUUAAACAAGUGCUGAUAGGAGUCAGGCAGUCCC